UUCUCCGCACACGCCGCACUCUUCUCUCCCAUCCCGUCCCGAUCAGCUGAUCCGGCCUGCCUCCGGUGGCCAGCUUGCCUUGUGUUUGCGUCCAUGGAUCCUCACCUAAGCUCCCACGUCCACGCGGCGGCGGCCGGCGCCGCGCCUAACUGCACGUGCAUGUUGGCCAAGGAGGAAGAUCUAGCCUCCGUCGUCGUCGACGUCGAGGCGGCUCCUCACUACUCGUCGUUGAAGACGGCCGAAGGUGACCUCGUCCCGAGAGGAGGCGGCGGCGGCGACGGCGAGGGAGACGAGGUAAACUACAUGGCGCGCGCGCAGUGGCUCCGUGCCGCGGUGCUCGGCGCCAACGACGGUCUCGUCUCUGUGGCGUCCCUCAUGAUCGGCGUGGGCGCCGUGAACACCACCGCCAAGGCGAUGCUCGUGUCCGGGCUGGCCGGGCUCGUGGCCGGGGCGUGCAGCAUGGCCAUCGGCGAGUUCGUGUCCGUGUACGCGCAGUACGACAUCGAGGUGUCGCAGAUCGAGCGCGACGGCGACAACGCCGACGCGGCCGCCAAGGAGAAGCUGCCGAGCCCGACGCUUGCGGCGUUCGCCUCGGCGCUGGCGUUCGCGGUUGGCGGCCUCCUGCCUCUGCUGGCAGGCGGGUUCAUAAAGCCGUGGGGCGCCAGGGUCGGCGUCGUGUGCGCGGCGAGCAGCGUCGGUCUGGCCGGCUUCGGCGCGGCGGGCGCGUACCUGGGCGGCGCGAACAUGGUGAAGUCCGGCACCAGGGUCCUCCUGGGCGGCUGGCUCGCCAUGCUCGUCACCUACGCCGUGCUCCGGCUGUUCGGGACGGUCUUCCACAUGGACAUCUCGUCGUCGGGGUGAUGCGUGUGACGCAGCCCCAGAUCGAUCGAGCUAGCUAGCGAUGAACAAAUAAUCAAGGGGCCAGGACAAGGCAUAGCAAGCUAGCUGUUAACUACUCUUGGUUUGCCAGUACUGUACGUACCUAGUGGCUAAUUAAAUUAGCGAUUCCCUGGAUACCGAACUGGGAAUAAUCAGGGGGUGUAAUGCUUGUGAUGAGGCGAGGCCAAGCUAAUGGUCUCACAUGAGAAUAUUGAUGUUAAUUAUUGUAUACAGAUUCC